CCCACCUCCUCUCCUUUUCCCAGCUUCUCCUGGGAGGAUGAGGAGGCCUGGGGGCUGAGGCUGGUCUACGGUUGCCGGGUGACAAGUUGGAGCCGGGACAGUUAACAUAAUGGCAGAAACUGCUUCUCCACUGAAGCACUUUGUGCUGGCCAAGAGGGCAAUUACUGCAAUCUUUGACCAAUUACUGGAGUUUGUUACUGAAGGAUCCCAUUUUGUGGAAGCAACAUACAGGAAUCCAGAACUUGAUCAAAUAGCUGCUGAGGAUGAUCUGAUAGAAAUACAGGGUUAUAGAAACAAGCUUUCCAUCAUUGGUGAGGUGCUGUCUCGGAGACAUAUGAAAGUGGCAUUUUUUGGCAGGACAAGCAGUGGGAAGAGUUCUGUUAUCAAUGCAAUGUUGUGGGAUAAAGUCCUCCCUAGUGGGAUUGGCCAUACAACCAAUUGCUUCCUGAGUGUUGAAGGAACUGAUGGAGAUAAAGCCUAUCUUAUGACAGAAGGAUCAGAUGAAAAAAAGAGUGUGAAGACAGUUAAUCAGCUGGCCCAUGCCCUUCAUAUGGACAAAGACUUGAAAGCUGGCUGUCUUGUACAUGUAUUUUGGCCAAAGGCAAAAUGUGCCCUCUUGAGAGAUGACCUGGUUUUAGUGGACAGUCCAGGUACAGAUGUCACUACAGAGCUGGAUAGCUGGAUUGAUAAGUUCUGCUUAGAUGCUGAUGUCUUCGUUUUGGUUGCAAACUCUGAAUCAACACUAAUGAACACGGAAAAGCAGUUUUUUCACAAGGUAAAUGAGCGACUUUCCAAGCCUAAUAUUUUCAUUUUGAAUAAUCGUUGGGAUGCCUCUGCAUCAGAGCCAGAAUAUAUGGAAGACGUACGCAGACAGCACAUGGAAAGAUGUCUACAUUUCUUGGUGGAGGAGCUUAAAGUUGUGGAUCCUUUAGAGGCACAGAAUCGUAUUUUCUUUGUUUCUGCAAAGGAAGUUCUUAGUGCUAGAAAGCACAAAGCACAGGGGAUGCCAGAAGGUGGUGGGGCACUUGCUGAAGGAUUCCAGGCAAGAUUACAGGAGUUUCAGAAUUUUGAACAAAUCUUCGAGGAGUGUAUCUCGCAGUCAGCAGUGAAAACAAAGUUUGAACAGCACACUAUCAGAGCUAAACAGAUACUAGAUACUGUGAAAAACAUAAUGGAUUCAGUAAACGUGGCAGCAGCAGAGAAAAGGGUUUAUUCAAUGGAAGAGAGGGAAGAUCAAAUUGAUAGACUGGACUUUAUCCGAAACCAGAUGAACCUUUUAACACUGGAUGUUAAGAAAAAAAUCAGGGCGGUUACAGAAGAGGUGGCAAACAAGGUUUCCUGUGCAAUGACAGAUGAAAUUUGUCGACUGUCUGUUUUGGUUGAUGAAUUUUGUUCUGAGUUUCAUCCUACUCCAAGUGUACUGAAAGUAUAUAAAAAUGAGUUAAAUAAGCACAUUGAAGAUGGUAUGGGAAGAAAUUUGGCCGAUCGGUGCACCAAUGAAGUCAAUGCUUCAAUGCUUCAGUCCCAGCAAGAAAUUAUUGAAAAUUUGAAGCCAUUACUUCCAACUGGUAUACAGAAUAAACUUCAUACACUGAUUCCUUGCAAGAAAUUUGAUCUCAGCUAUGACCUAAAUUGCCACAAGUUAUGUUCAGAUUUUCAAGAGGAUAUUGUAUUUCGUUUUUCCCUGGGCUGGUCUUCCCUUGUGCAUCGUUUCUUGGGCCCAGUGAAUGCUCAGAGGGUGCUGCUAGGAUUAUCAGAACCCAUCUUCCAGCUCCCCAGAUCUUUAGCCUCUACUCCCACUGCUCCAACCAAUCCAGCAACGCCAGACAAUGCAUCACAGGAAGAACUCAUGGUUACCUUAAUAACAGGAUUAGCUUCUCUCACAUCUAGAACUUCUAUGGGCAUCAUCGUUGUUGGAGGAGUGAUUUUAAGGGAAAUGGCAACCACUUUUGCUCGCCUAUGCCAACAAGUUGAUAUUACACAAAGACAUCUGGAAGAAGAAAUUGCUAGAUUAUCCAAAGAAAUAGAUCAGCUGGAGAAAAUACAAAACAGUUCAAAGUUCUUAAGAAAUAAAGCUGUUCAACUUGAAAAUGAGCUGGAGAAUUUUACUAAGCAGUUUCUACAUUCAAGCAAGGAAGAAGAAUCUUAACAGAGAUUGCUUUGGUGAUCAUCAUAGGAGAAAAUGGAACUUGGAAGACUGGGACAGUUGUUUAUGAAAUGACUUUAAAUAUGAAUUAUACUAACUGUACCUAAAUUGCAAAUCCUUGUGUAGAUUCUGGUAAUGAUCUGUCUCAGGGUGUUUGCAUUUCUGAAGAGUGUUAUGAUGUAUUUUUAGUUUUAAUUUUGGGUAAAGAAAAGGCUAAAUUGUGUUUAAAAUGAUGAAUUAGUUAAAAGCAACAGAACCAUGUGACCCCUGAGGGGUGGGGCCUUGUUCUUAAUUAGGGCUCUCUUUGUUUUUGAUUCUGAAAAACUCUGCUUCCUGGCAUCCAGGAGUUAGAGAAUGCUCCUUUCAUCUUAAAACUAAUUUUUGAUGCCUACCUUAAUGGGAAUAGUCAUUUGUUUUUUGUUGUUUUAUAAACUGUAUUGCUCUAUCAAGGAGGAGUGUGGAAUGUUCUUGAGUAUAUUGUUUAUGCAAGUUACAAUCACUUUUGCCGUCCUGGCAGGUAUGUAAACCACUAAUAUACUGUUUUUACUCCCUUUUUUCCCAUUAAAACUGAUGUAAAAUAGUAUAAAGGUUUGGUAUCAUAAAGUCUCUCAUAAAAGUAUCGGGGUCUGAAUAGUUUCUAAAGAAACGUUUUCCGCUUCAACUAGGAUUAGGGCAAGGAAACCUUUCUACUCAGUUUUAGGAAUAGUUUGAUAAAAAUAGCUAAAGAUAUGGGAGCUCUGAAUUUUCGGUGGUUAUGGUCAUGAACAAAUGUUAUUCUUCAGAAGGUAUUCGCCAAGGAUACUGCUGGACUGUCCCUCUGGGUGGCCUUUAUUUUUAUUGAAUGAAUUUGCCAGGGCACUGUUAAUACUAAAUUUUUAACAGUGAAAUGUUCAUGAGUUCAAGUACUGUGUCUGUUUCUGUGUAAAAAUUAAUAGAAACUUAUUUGGAAACAUAAAAAAUGGCAUUCUAGGGCUUUGCUACGCAAAAUGUAGUCUGAGGAUCACCAAAGCAGCAGCAUCUAGAUGCUUGUUAGAUGCAUGACGACAGUGCAUUUGGCCAGGGAUGGUUUCUGCUUCUCCACAGAGCAAUACCAUGUUAGGCUCUUUUAUAUCCAUAAUACUCAAUAUUUCCUUUCUUGUGCCUUUAAGGCUCCUGGAUGCUACUCAGUCUUUUCAUAGCAGGUGCAGCACUAUUUUCCAGGAUGUUUUAAGGAGAAAAUUACAUUACUUAGGUCACAGAAGCCUUUCAAAAAUAUAUUUUUAUGCAGAUCAUAUACUGGAAUACAGUAUUAAAAUCCAAAAACUAGUUUAUAGCUUUGGUUGUUGCUUUAUAACCAAAAAAUAGUACAAGCUACCAACAAAUGGAAUUAGGUAGCAACUGCCACGUGAAAAACUUGAGGUCUAAGACUGGGUACUGCGAAUUUAGGUUUAAGACCUUAAUCUUUAUGUGAAAGUACUUGAACUUUUUGAAAUAGCAUAGUGGUUUGGUAUCACCUCCUUAGUAGUAGUACAGUGGCUGUCAAAGUUUGGUGCCUGGAUUAACUGUACAUCACUUGUGAACUUCUGAGAAGUGCAUACUGCAGGGUCUCCCCCUGACCUACUGAAUCCAGUAGUGUUGCAGCCUGUUUUAACAAGCUGUCCAGGUGAUCCUGAGGCACACUCAAGUUUGAGAACUACUGAAAUAGUGAUUCUGGUAUAGUGAAGCUACAGUAAGUUCUGCAAUACCAGUUUGAAUGCAGUUCCACCUGAUCAAGUUUGAAAAUGCAUGAAUGUUGGAAACGUAACACUAAAAUAAUGAAACCCAACCUUUAGGCCUGGAGAUCUUUGCACCUCUGACUAAGCCCAUGAAUUAUACAGAUACAGGAAUUAUGUAAUUCACAGCUGUAGUUCAAAGUUGUUGCACAUACUUGAUGGUUUACUAUAUAUGUUUGCAGGAUUAUUUAUAACUUUGUAUAACCGUAAACUUUUUACAGAACUACAUUUUUAUAAGUAUGCAAGGUGAAAAUAAAACUUGUUUGCCUGAUAGUUGA